AUGUCACAAGAAAAUAGGAAAAUAUCUCCAGUUAUUCACGGACGAUCGUCGUCGGUAAACAUGGCAAAAAUUAGAGUAACAUUUUGUACUGACUUAGAAAAAUCAGUAAUUAUGAGCAAUUUUGAACGUAGAGGUUGGAUCCAAGUAGGCCCAGAUGAUGAAUGGAAUUUCUACUGGUCCUUCACGCAAAAUUGUCGAUCUAUUUUCAGUAUCGAAAGCGGAUAUAGAAUGAACGAUAAUCAAAUGAUAAAUCACUUUCCCAACCAUUACGAGUUGUCCCGAAAAGAUUUAUUGGUGAAAAACAUCAAAAGGUACAGAAAGGAACUGGAACGGGAAGGCAAUCCUUUGGCUGAAAAAACCGAAGUAUCACUACCUAAUGGCCAGGUAGCUCCUCGAUAUCUACAUCUAGAUUUUAUACCAAUUACUUACGUUUUGCCUGCCGAUUAUAAUAUGUUCGUUGAAGAGUAUAGAAAAUCUCCACAGAGCACUUGGAUAAUGAAGCCGUGUGGAAAAUCUCAGGGAGCGGGAAUUUUCUUAAUAAAUAAACUUUCUAAACUGAAGAAGUGGUCUAGGGAAGCGAAAACCCCAUUUCACCCUCAAUUCAGCAGUAAAGAAAGUUAUGUAAUAUCGCGUUACAUUGACAACCCGCUCUUGAUCGGCGGCAAGAAAUUUGAUCUGAGGCUAUAUGUCUUAGUAACAUCAUUCCGACCUUUGAAAGCCUAUUUAUUUCAACACGGGUUUUGUAGAUUUUGUACGGUGAAGUAUGAUACCAGCGUGACUGAAUUGGAUAACAUGUACGUGCAUUUGACAAAUGUGAGUGUACAGAAACAUGGCGGGGAUUAUAAUAGUUUACAUGGGGGAAAGAUGAGUAUUCAAAAUUUUCGGUUAUAUUUGGAAGGGACCCGUGGGCGUAAUGUAACAGAAAAAUUAUUUGCAGAAAUGCAAUGGUUAAUUGUUCAUUCUUUGAAAGCUGUCGCCCCAGUAAUGGCUAACGAUCGUCAUUGUUUUGAAUGCUACGGGUAUGAUAUAAUUAUUGAUAAUGGAUUAAAACCGUGGCUUGUAGAAGUAAAUGCUUCACCAUCAUUACAGUCAACGACUCACAAUGAUAGGAUAUUAAAAUAUAAGUUAAUUGAUAAUAUCGUAUCAGUAGUUGUACCUCCCGAUGGUAUACCUGAUGCAAGGUGGAACAAGAUUCCUGAUGCUGAUGCACUAGGGGACUUUGAGCUAUUGAUCGACGAAGAACUAAUGGAGAAAGAGGAUAUAAAUUCCCGUUUCAACAAAUAUCAUCGUUACAAAUAACGAUUAUUUUUAU